AUGCCAGCGAGCGCGGACCGACAACCAUCCAACGCGACAGCAGACCGCCCUUUCGCCUCAUCGUCCUCAUCGUCCGCACCGACCUCGAUGCUUCAGCGCGGACCGGUGCGCGAGCGGAAUGUCGAAGACGAGAUCGAACUUGUGGAGAAUGGCACACAUCCCCUUAAUGGCGGCGCAAGAGAAGAAAAGACGGGCCUUGUGAGCGGGAUUGUCGGCGAGCGGAGCAUCGAGGCGGGAGGGGAGGGCGGCACACUCAGUACGCGAGAUAAGCGGGCGCUAGCACUCUUGGUGGCUCUCUACCUCCUCCAAGGCAUCCCCGUCGGUCUCGCGUUCGGCUCCAUACCUUUCCUCCUUCGCUCCAAGCUCUCCUACUCGCAAAUCGGCAUCUUCACCUUGUGCACCUACCCCUAUUCCCUCAAGCUUCUGUGGUCGCCCAUCGUCGACUCGCUAUUCUCCCCGAAACUCGGGAGGCGUAAGAGCUGGAUCGUCCCAAUCCAGACCAUCGUCGGCAUCCUCUUCUGGUGGCUCGGCAACAAUGUCCAGCAGAUGAUGGAGGUGGAAGAACCAAACGUUCAUCUCCUUACGGGUCUCUUCUUCACCCUCGUCUUCUUUGCCGCCACUCAAGACAUCGCUGUCGAUGGCUGGGCUCUCACUCUCCUGUCGAAGGAGAAUCUCUCGUACGCAUCGACCGCCCAGACUAUCGGCCUAAACACCGGCUAUUUCCUCUCUUUCACCGUCUUCCUCGCUUUCAACUCGGUCGAGUUCAGCAACAAGUACUUUCGCUCUACCCCGCUCGAAUAUCCCCUCAUCUCCCUCUCCGGCUACCUUCACUUCUGGGCCUUCGCUUUCAUCGCCGUGACUGCUUACCUUGCCUUCUUCCAACCCGAGGACCCCGUCACGGCGCAAGACCAGGACGACAUGGAUCUCAAAAAGGUCUACUCGAUCAUGGUCGAAAUCUGCAAGCUCAAGCACGUCCAGUCUUUCAUGAUCGUUCACCUCGUCACGAAACUAGGCACCGCGGCCAACGACGCCGCCACGUCGCUCAAGCUUCUCGAGAAAGGCCUGAAGAAGGAGGACCUUGCCCUCGCCGUCCUCAUUGACUUUCCCUUCCAGAUCCUCUUCGGCUACCUCGCCGCCAAGUGGAGCAAGGGGGAGAAGCCGCUGCGACCGUGGCUGAUCGCAAUGUGGACCCGCCUAGGCUGGGCAGCCAUUUCGAUGCUCCUCAUCUCGAACUUUCCGAAGGGCGACAUCGGGACGUGGUACUUCCUGCUCGUCGUCGCAUGCACCGUCGGCUCGAGCUUUUCGAGCACCGUCCAGUUCGUCGGCAUCUCCGCCUUCCACACCCAGAUCGCCGACCCUCUCAUCGGCGGCACCUACAUGACGCUCUUGAACACGGUCAGCAAUCUCGGCGGAACGUGGCCAAAGUUCUUCGUCCUCAAGGGCAUCGACGCGUUCAGCGUGGCAGUCUGUCACGUCAAGGACGAAGGGCUGGAUGUGAUCGUCUCAAGUCGCGAAUGUGUUUCCGACCACGGCAAAGCAGCAUGCGCCGAGCUAGGCGGGACCUGUUUGACUGAGCGAGACGGGUACUACUGGGUCUCGACACUGUGCAUUCUUGCCGGCGUCGCCGUCCUCGUCUCGUUCGUCCAGCCCAUCGCGAGGCGAUUGCAAGCGCUCCCGCCUGCGGCAUGGCGGGUGAAGAAGACGGACCGAUAG